AUGCGUGGGGUCCGGUUACCCGGCAGAGAACAAGAGAAGAAGAAGCGGGGCCGGGCCGGGGCUGCGCUCGGGGAUGGAAGGAAGGAAGGAAGGAAGGGAGAUCAAGGUGCGGGGAGGGGGCCGGGUCGAUGCGUCGGCGGUGGGGAGCUGGAGAGAGCUGUGUUUCUAUUUAUUAACUCUAGAUACCCGGCUGCCACGACGUACAGGCUACAUACAUGUAAUAUACAUCUGCUGGCAUCUCUCUCUUCUUCCCCCAGCCAGAUGCCCCACUCUCGUUACCCGGCCUCACACAGCUACUGUAGCUACAACACACACCAUGCACACUGUACCUACAAAGCUAUACUACUACUUCAGCUAUCUCAACAGCCCCAAGCUCUCAAAACCAACACACAACAAAAAAUGGAGCCAGAAUUCCACAUAAACCAGCGCCUCUCCUUCACCCCGGGCCAAGCAUACACCGCCGCCCGCUGCACCGUCCGCUACUCCGGCCCCGUCGACGGCACAACCGGCACCUGGCUCGGCGUCGAAUGGGACGUCGAGGGCAAAGGAAAACACUCUGGCGUGCACGGCGGGAAGAAGUACUUCGAAUGCAAAGCACCCGGCAACGCAUCCUUCAUCCGCACGACCCGCCAGCCGGACGAUACACUAAGCUUCCUCGAGGGCCUGCGGCGCAAAUACACGACGGCCGACGACCCGCCGGACGCACAUGCGGUGCUGUCGCUCACGGCCAACAAGGUGUUUGAGGAGGUGGGCUUCGAGAAGAUACAGAAGAAGCUGGGGCAGCUGAAGGAGCUCAAGAUUGUCAUCCUGGAUGGCCUGUGCUUGGCGAGGGCCGAUGCGCGCGAGGAGAUUACGGAGACUUGUCCUAAGAUUGAGGAGCUGGAUUUGAGUAGGAAUUUGUUUGAGGAGUUGCAGACGGUUGCGAGUAUCUGUGCGGCGCUGCCGCACUUGAGGUCGUUGAAGAUUAGUGGAAACCGCUUCUCGUCGCUAGAAGUCGAGAGAGUGCCCGGCCAGCCAUCCCCGUUCGAAGGUGUGACAUCGCUGGAAAUCAGUAAUACCUAUCUCACCUGGGACGAGACAACGCAAAUCCUCGCCCACUUCCCAAACAUCCAGACGCUCGAGUCGUCACUAAACCGCAUCUCCACCAUCCCCGCAGACAUCUCCCUCCCGCCCACAAUUACAACCCUCAACCUCGAGCGCAACAUCUUCACAUCCCUCACCGCCGUGCUCCCACUCACAUCCCUACCGGCGUUGUCACGCAUAAUCCUUGCCCACAACCUCAUCACCGACAUCCUAGACCCCGCUUCAGAAACAGCCCCCCCAACACAGGCGUUUAAAACACUAACCCACCUAGACUUGACGUACAACCACGUUCCCACCUUCCCGCAACUCGACGCUCUUCCCGCCCUCUUUCCACAGCUUACGUCAAUCCGCCUCUCCCACAACCCCUUCUGCGCCCUCCUCCCCCGCGAGGAGGCACACAUGCUUACCCUCGCCCGCCUCCCCGAACAUGUCUCGAUGCUGAACCAUACCCGAGUCUUACCGGCAGAGCGCCAGAAUGCGGAGAUGUACUACCUGGGCCGCAUUGCGAAGGAGCUGGCUGCUGUGGGGGAGAGUGAAGAAGAGGAGGUGCUGAAGAGCCAUGGAAGGUGGGGGGUGUUGUGUGAGCUGUAUGGCGCACCGCGGAUAGAUCGCGCUGUGGCACUGGAAAAGCGGUGUUUGGGCUCGCGGCUGGUAAAGGUUGAGUUUGUUAAUGGGGAGAAGAAGGUGGUGAGGGGGGUGCCGAGGGGGAUGGCGGUGUCGACAGUGAGGGCGUUGGUGGCGAGGUGGUUUGGGGUGGAGCCUUUGGGGGUGGGGCUGUGGCUUUUGGUGGAUGGCGAGGAGGAGGGACAGGGCGGGGAGAAGAAAAGGGUGGCGUUGGAAGAUGGGGUGAGGGAGGUGGGGUAUUAUGUCGAGGGGAAGGAGGGGACGGUGUUGGUGGAGGCGUAA